AUGUCAACAGAUAAAACAACAAUGACAUCUAUUACUAAUCCAGAUCUUAAUUAUCGAGGUUCUAAUGGAGUACAUGUAAUAGCUGUUAUUGUGUCUCUUUGGAGUAUCGAAAAGACAGAAAAAACGAUAGUUAAACGUAGUUCUGCUCAAGCUUUUCAAAGAAGUGGACGACAUCGACAACAAAAUCGGGAUUUAAAAGUAUUCCGCAAUAUAAUGGUUUUAUUUGGAAUUUACCUAUCAGGAGGAAUACCAACGACAAUGUUUAUUUUUACACGUAUCGACAUAUUCUAUUCAAUGGGUAUUAUCUUCAUGUCUUUGACGGUAGUCGUUGAAAAAUCAGCAACAUUCUAUGUCGAUCGAGAACUUUUUAAUGUAUUCAAAACACGUAUUCGUCAAACAACUACACGUGUUAUGCCGACUGUAACUUAA